AUGUCGAACCAGUACUCGUACGCCGGGGCCGGAGGAGGCGGAUACGGGGCACCUCCGCCUGGCCAGCAGGGUGGAUACGGAGCACCGCCUCCUGGUCAGCAGGGUGGAUAUGGAGCGCCUCCUCCGGGCCAGCAGGGUGGAUACGGCGGUGGUGGCGCACAGCAGUCGUCGUACGGAGCGCCUCCGGGGCAGGGAUACGGCCGACCUCAGGCGUACAACUCGAACACGGGACCUCCUCCGGGUGCGGAUCCGCAGCUGUGGCAGUGGUUCAUUGCGGUGGAUCGCGACCGUAGCGGCCAGAUCAACCCGCAGGAGCUGAGCCAGGCGCUGGUCAAUGGCGACUGGACGCCGUUUGAUCUGGACACGGUCAAGAUGCUGAUGAGCGUCUUCGACGUGGACCGCAGCGGACACAUCAGCUUCAACGAGUUCGCCGGGCUGUGGAAGUACAUCCAGGACUGGCAGGGCGUCUUCCGCCACUUUGACCAGGACCGUUCGGGCUCGAUCGACCAGAACGAGCUGGCAAACGCGCUCCAGUCGUUCGGAUACCGACUUUCGCCCAAGCUGCUGCACAUCGUCACGCAAAAGUACACGAUUUCCGAUUCUGCUUCGGGUGGUGCAGGCGGCAUGGCGGCGAGCGGACCAGGCGGCAGAGGUGCGGCGGGCAUCACUUUCGACCGAUUCGUACGCGCGUGCGUGGUGAUCAAGACGCUCACCGAGUCGUUCCAGCGCCACGACACCAACCGCAGCGGAUGGGUGCAGAUCAACUACGACACGUUUAUGGAGAUGUGUCUGUCGGCGCCCUGA